ACUAAGCAGGAUCUCCAUAAAAUAAAGCCUCCCCAACGAAACAGAGGGAGGAAAAAAUAAAAACUUACCUUCUUUUCAACCAUUAUCAAAAGAAGAGAAGUUUUUGUAAAAAAAAAAUAAAAAAUGAAGGGGAAAAUAAUUAUCUCCGCUGUUUCUCUCAUCCUCGUAGUAGGAGUUGCCAUUGGCAUUGUCGUCUCUGUUCAUAACAAUAAUGCAGACCCUGAGGUUCAAACUCAACAGAGGUCUGUCAGGACCAUUUGCCAAAACACCGAUGACCAGAAGCUCUGCCAUGAUACCCUCAGCUCCGUGAAAGGGGUUGAUGCCGCCGAUCCAAAGGCUUACAUCGCGACUGCGGUGAAAGCUGCCAGUGACAGCGUCAUCAAAGCCUUCAACAUGAGCGACCGACUCACAACCGAGUACGGGAACAAGGACCACGGUAUCAAGAUGGCCCUUGACGAUUGCAAGGACCUCUUGCAAUCCGCCAUGCAAAGUCUUGACCUUUCCACGACCCUGGUUCGCGACAACAACAUCCAAGGCGUGCACAACCAGAUCCCCGAUUUCAGGAAUUGGUUGGGCGCUGUUAUCUCGUACCAACAAGCAUGCAUGGAAGGUUUUGACAAUGACAAGGACGGUGAGAAGCAGAUCAAGGAGCAACUCCAUACCGAGAGCAUGGACCAUGUUCAGAGGAUCACCGCCAUCACCCUUGACAUUGUCACUAGCAUGACCAAAAUUCUUGAGCAGUUCAACUUGAAGUUGGAUCUCAAACCUGCUUCUCGUCGUCUUCUCAGUGAGGAUGUUGACAAUGAAGGGUACCCUUCAUGGUUCUCUGCUUCUGACCGCAAGCUUUUGUCUGGGCUUCAGAGAAGAGGGUGGAGGUCACGUGUUAAGCCUAACGUCGUGGUUGCCAAGGAUGGUUCUGGUCAAUUCAAGAGCGUCGAAGCUGCUAUUGCCUCAUACCCCAAGGGAUUUAAGGGAAGAUAUGUUAUUUAUGUUAAGGCUGGUGUGUAUAAUGAGUACAUCACUGUUCCCAAGAGCGCUGCUAACAUUCUCAUGUACGGUGAUGGCCCUACAAAGACCAUCAUCACCGGUCGCAAGAACUUUGCUGAUGGUGUGAAGACCAUGCAAACUGCCACCUUCGCCAACCAGGCACCUGGAUUCAUUGCCAAGGCCAUUACCUUCGAGAACACCGCCGGUCCCAACGGUCACCAAGCUGUGGCAUUGAGAAACCAAGGAGAUCAGUCAGCUUUCGUGGGCUGCCACAUCUUGGGUUACCAAGACACCUUGUACGUUCAGACCAACAGGCAAUUCUACCGCAACUGUGUCAUCUCCGGUACCAUUGACUUUAUCUUUGGAACCUCCCCCACCUUGAUCCAACACUCCAUCAUCGUCGUGAGGAAGCCCAAUGACAACCAGUUCAACACUGUGACCGCAGACGGUACACCAACAAAGAACAUGCCCACAGGUAUUGUGAUCCAAGAUUGUGAGAUUGUCCCAGAAGCCGCAUUGUUCCCUGUGAGGUUCAAGAUCAAGUCUUACCUCGGAAGGCCAUGGAAGGAGUACUCAAGGACCGUGGUGAUGGAAUCUACUUUGGGUGACUUCAUUCAUCCAGAGGGAUGGUUCCCAUGGGCUGGAAGCUUUGCCCUUGACACCUUGUACUAUGCUGAGCAUGCCAACACUGGACCCGGUGCCAACACUGCAGGAAGGAUCAAGUGGAAGGGUUACCGUGGUGUCAUUAGCAGGGCUGAGGCUACCCAAUUCACAGCCGGUGAGUUCCUUAAGGCUGGACCUCGAUCUGGCCUUGAUUGGAUCAAGGCUCUUCAUGUUCCUCACUACCUUGGCUUCAAACAUUAAUUGAUGUACAAAUUUUGAGAGUGAGCGUGAUAGCACAAGGACAAAUUAUUGUUAUUAUUCUUUGUAAUUAUCUUUCCUAUCUUUGUCGAGGAGGUCCACAUGAAUUAAUACAAAUGAAAGUUUGCUCGGAUUA